ACUCUCCCUCUCACUCGUGGGCUUAUUUGUCAUCGAUUGAGUUUUUCUUUCUUGUGUUUUUCUCGUCUGCGUGUGAGAAAAAGGGUGUCUGAUCGUGGUUUAGGUCCUCCAGGCUCUGUUAAUUAAGUGUGUGGGGCACCUCUCGAUUCUAAAUCAUCCACCCACCACUUUGUGUGGGCGAGUUUGUGUGUGAAAAAAGUGAAUUUUCUUGGUGCUGGUUGUAGACCCAACAAGCCUCGACAAAAAUGUCGGGUAACAUGGGUAUGGAGCAACUCAUUCCCAUCGUCAAUAAACUCCAGGAUGCAUUCACCCAAUUGGGGGUGCAUAUGCAAUUGGAUCUGCCCCAGAUUGCCGUGGUGGGCGGACAAUCGGCCGGAAAGAGUUCUGUCUUGGAGAAUUUUGUGGGCAAGGAUUUCCUACCACGAGGCUCUGGCAUUGUCACGCGGCGCCCCCUAAUCCUCCAGUUGAUUAACGGUCAGGCUGAAUUUGGUGAAUUCCUGCACUGCAAAGGCAAGAAAUUCACAGAUUUUGAUGAGAUCAGGAAGGAGAUCGAAGGAGAAACUGACCGGAUCACUGGUAGCAACAAAGGAAUAUCAAACAUUCCCAUCAAUUUGCGCGUCUAUUCGCCAAAUGUGCUCAAUUUGACCCUGAUUGAUCUGCCGGGUCUGACUAAAGUCCCAAUUGGUGAUCAGCCAGCAGAUAUUGAGGCUCAGAUUAAGGCGAUGAUUUUCCAGUUCAUCAAGAAGGAAACAUGCCUAAUCCUGGCCGUUACUCCAGCCAAUACUGACUUGGCCAAUUCAGACGCCCUAAAAUUGGCCAAAGAAGUAGAUCCUCAAGGAAUUCGCACAAUUGGUGUGAUUACAAAAUUGGACUUGAUGGAUGAUGGCACGGAUGCAAGGGAUAUUUUGGAGAAUAAGUUAUUGCCACUACGUCGAGGCUAUAUUGGUGUGGUGAAUCGAUCGCAGAAGGAUAUUGAGGGUAGAAAGGACAUUGUGGCUGCUCUGGCGGCCGAAAGAAAAUUCUUCCUCAGUCAUCCAUCAUAUCGUCAUAUUGCUGAUCGUCUGGGGACACCGUAUUUACAACGGACCCUCAAUCAGCAACUCACGAAUCACAUUCGUGAUACUCUUCCGGGACUGAGGGAUAAGCUCCAGAAGCAGAUGUUGACACUGGAAAAGGAUGUGGAGCAGUACAAACAUUUCAGGCCCGAUGAUCCAAGUAUUAAGACAAAGGCAAUGCUUCAGAUGAUUCAGCAGCUUCAGUCGGACUUUGAGCGUACCAUUGAGGGCUCCGGAUCGGCACUUGUAAAUACAAAUGAACUUUCGGGAGGCGCCAAGAUCAAUCGCAUCUUCCAUGAGAGAUUGCGUUUUGAGAUUGUUAAGAUGUCGUGUGAUGAGAAGGAACUCCGCAGGGAGAUUUCCUUUGCCAUUCGCAACAUCCAUGGUAUCCGUGUGGGUUUGUUUACGCCCGAUAUGGCCUUUGAGGCUAUUGUAAAGAAGCAGAUUGCCCAACUGAAGGAGCCAGUGCUCAAAUGUGUCGAUCUAGUCGUCCAAGAGCUGUCCCAUGUGGUCAGAAUCUGCACGGACAAAAUGUCCCGAUAUCCGCGUCUUCGUGACGAGACGGAACGCAUCAUUACAACCCAUAUUCGCCAGCGUGAGCAGUAUUGCAAGGAGCAACUCCUUCUUCUCAUUGAUUUUGAGUUGGCAUACAUGAACACCAACCAUGAGGACUUUAUUGGAUUUGCUAAUGCUCAGAAUAAAUCUGAAAAUGCCUCAAAAACAGGCACUAGAGCCAUUGGCAAUCAAGUCAUCCGCAAAGGCCACAUGUGCAUCCAGAAUUUGGGCAUAAUGAAAGGUGGCUCUCGCCCCUAUUGGUUUGUUCUCACAUCUGAGAGCAUAUCGUGGUACAAGGAUGAAGAUGAAAAGGAGAAGAAGUACAUGUUGCCGCUGGAUGGAUUGAAAUUGCGAGAUAUUGAGCAGGGAUUUAUGUCAAGACGCCACACUUUUGCCCUCUUCAAUCCAGAAGGACGCAAUGUCUACAAGGACUACAAACAACUGGAGCUCUCUUGUGAGAGUGUCGAUGACGUAGAUUCAUGGAAGGCAUCAUUCCUUCGUGCUGGCGUGUAUCCGGAGAAGGAUUCGUCUACUGCAAAUGGUGACGAAGGAGAAGGACAAGAGAGCACUGAAGAUCACGAAACAAGUUCACUGGAUCCGCAACUUGAGCGACAAGUGGAGACGAUAAGGAACUUGGUGGAUUCGUACAUGAAGAUUGUGACAAAGACAACACGUGAUAUGGUACCAAAAGCCCUCAUGAUGAUGAUCAUCAACAAUGCCAAGGACUUUAUUAAUGGUGAACUGCUGGCACAUCUGUAUGCCAAUGCUGAUCAGUCGCAAAUGAUGGAGGAGAGUCCAGAGGAGGCGGCUAAGCGUGAAGAGAUGCUCAGAAUGUAUCAUGCAUGCAAGGAAGCUCUCAGGAUUAUUGGUGAUGUCUCAAUGGCCACCGUAUCUACCCCAGUUCCACCACCAGUUAAGAAUGAUUGGCUCUCGAGUGGACUCGACAAUCCACGACUAUCACCACCUAGUCCUGGAGGACCGAGGAAGGUCGUGCCACAGCAGCAGGGCUCAUUGGGAGGUGUUGGAGGCGGUGGACCUCCAGGUGGUAUCCGAGGACCUCAUCCACCAGCUGGCAGGCCAGCUCCGGCCAUUCCAAAUCGACCCGGUGGUGCACCACCCCUGCCACAGGGACGACCAAGCGGCCAGGCGCUUCCUGCUCCACUAAUUCCAUCGAGGCGUUAAAUAAUAUUAAAAAAAAAUAAAAGUAAAGAAAAUUAUAAUAUACUUAAUGAAAAUCAUAAAAAAAACAAAAAUAUUCGCACCGCAUUUUGUUGUAGGAAAAGAAAGAGAGAGAUAUAUUCAUGAUGAAAGCAAACGUAAAAAGAAAUUAUAGAAUUAACUUUAAAAAGAAACAAUCCUUCGCUUUCUUUAGUCUGUAGUUAAAAAUGACUAAAGUCAAUAUAAUUUGCUUAAAACAGAAUAAAUUUAAAAUUAUUUCUUAUCUUCAUUCAAUCACCUAAUAUUAAUUAAUUGUUGAUUAUGAGAAAAAGAGAUAAAUUUAAAAAUUAAAUAAAAAAAAAUGGAGCAAAGGAGCAUAUAAAUAAUCUUAGUAUUAUAUCAAGUUGCAAAAAAAGAAGAAACAAAAAUUAUUAGAUGUAUACAAAAAAAGAGAAAAAUCCAAUAGCAAUUAAUCCUGAGGAAUGCUUAAAAGAAGCUAAAUUUAAAAAAAAAAUCGAUUGGUGUCUAAAGGUUGAGAUGGAAGUCUUUCAAAAAAAAAUCUUAAUGUAAUAAUUGUGUGUUUAAAAGCUAUUUUACUAAAUUAUACUCAAAGAAAAAAUAUCUAUAUUAAAUUAUAGUCAAAUAUAUUCCAUGAGAAAAAUAUACAUAUGCUAUUUUUUACAAUUUUUACACGACAAUGAAAACAACAAAUGCCUUUGCGGUUAUUUAAAAAAAAAUCAAACAAAUAUUUUAAUUUCUUUUAAUUUGUUUAAAUAUUUUUUUUAAGUUUCCUUUCAUUUUGGGUCGUCAGAGGAAUAUUAAGAGUUUUGUGGAAUCAAUGUACACCAAAUUUUUUAAAAUAAUCACGUGUGUAGCACCUUUAACUUGCUGCCUCUAUCUUCCUUCUUGUGUUCUAAUCGCUCUAACAAACAGCUUGUAUUUAACAACAAACCACUUCGUCUUCUCGCUUUUAAUACACUUUAUUUUGUAAAAUGAAGACAAAAUGCUAAAAAAAAAAUUGAAUCAAAUAAUUUAAGUGAAAAUGCAUUUCGAAGAUUUGAAAUAUUUCCUAAUGUAUCAUUUUAAUCGAAUAAGUGAUACUCCGAGUUAUUUGAGGUUAUGCUGUCAAAACUUGUUUCGUUUGCAACUAAAGCGCCCCUAGCGUCAGCCUGAUGAACUUAUCAUAUUGUAUUACUUUUGGACAAACCUGUCAUUUAUCCAUGAAUCAUCAAAAUCGGUCAAUUUAAUAAUAACAUCGUCCUUUUCCAUGAAAUUACGAACUUGAAUAUAAAUUAAAAACCCUUCAAAAAUUCCCAAAUUUAUUCAAAUUGACCAACAAGUAAAAAUUCUUCAAUUAUUUCCAACAAAACGCGAAAAAGGUUCAUUUUCAAAAUGAAUAACUAUUAAUUUCAGUGUAAUAUCUGUAUAUUUUCAUUUUUUAGGCCAAAUGACUAUGUUUACAUGCGAUUGACUGAGAUUCGAUUAAACCGAAAUUGCUCACAAAGUGUAGAGACAUUAAUAUCAAACCGUCCCAAAAAUUAUGAUUUCAGUUUUUUUAUGUUGCAAGAGUUGCUUAGCAUUAUUUUUCCAUUGACCUGCGCCAUUUACAGAUGUCAAAAAUUUGUUGCCUCGUGUAUGUUCGGGAAACCCGAUGGAAAAAGAUUACUUUUUAAAAUUUUUCUUUUCGCAAAUUGGUUGCCUGUAAUCUGUAGAUCUUAUUUAUGUUUUUCAAAAAAAUUAAUUCGUUUUAAUUCGUAUGAAAAAUUAUUAUUUUCCAAUUGUUGUUCAUUUUUCAUGCGCCAAAAGUUUGUUGCCUCAUUUGAAAAGGUUACUCAAAAUAGUCAAAUACGUGCAACCAAGAAGAAAGUCCUAGAAAGUUUAGAAGUCCCAAGAUUAUAUAAAAUUUCCAGACCGAAGAAAAACACGCGAAAUGGCUUUGUGCAUAAAUUUGCAAGAGAUUUCCUUCGAAUAAGUUGCAGGAACGCCAUGAAGUAUGCAAAUAUUUCCGCGCCUGGAGCCCACUCCAAUCAAUUGGAAGCAGGUCUAAGUUCUUAUUACCUAUUACACUACUUCCAAUAUCCGGAUGAGAGAUUGUGAAAAUGACAUUAUGUAAAAGGUAAAAUUUUUAAAAUAUGUCGAGUGUUUAACAGUCGUUAUCCGGAUAAUCCGAUAAUCCGCAGUAAAAAGAAAAUACUACGAUUAUCGUGUAUAAUGGGAGUAACAACGAUCAUUGUUGCAAUAAUUCCAACGUUUAUCGUAGUUAAGAGUACAUUUUUCAGACGAAUGUUAAACUUUACAACGAUUAUCAUUUGAAAUUAGUUGACACAGUUAAAAUUAGUCGAAUUAAAAAAAGUGCGAUAAAUACAACAUUAAAUAAAAGGAGAAGAAGAAUUCAAUGGAUAAUCGUGAUUUUUUCCGAAAAGAUUUAAUUUCAAGUUAUAAUCCUUGAAAAAUGAACUCUACUUCUUCUGAUAAUCGUUGUAAAUAUUACUAUGAUAAUCAUGUUACUCCCAUUACAUACGAUUAUUGUUUUAAUUUUUUCGUGUUUACUAUACGAGAUAGCAUUUGAAUUUAAACCAAUCCCACCCGUUUUUAUGCAUCCUGGGAAACGAUUUUUCAAUUUUACUCCUACAAGAGAUCUCGUAGAGUCAUUCAAUUGUCGUGUGCAUCAACCGUUGUCGUAUCUGUAUUUUUCCUACUUUCUGAUUUUAAAUAUUUUUGAAUUUAGUACAUUUGAUCUCAUUUAGCCAAGUUUCAAUUUAUGAAUUUAUACUCUUGUCAUUUUAUUAAAUUAAAUAAAAAAAAAGAGAUAAAAAACCAAAAAUGCUAUAAAAUUAGUAUGCACUGGUCGAUUGAAAAGUUAUAAUACCAUCGUUUUGGAUUGAAUUUUUUAAUUGAAACUUAGUUAAAUAGAUCAUAUUGAAUAAACUCAAAAACAAUUAUAGGGAGAGUUGGGUCUACAUUGAAAACGCUACCUUUUCGCAUAUUUCUAAAGGAAGCUGGACCUAGCCAUAAUUUAAUUUAGAUUCACAAUAAUUGUUUUGUCCAUCUAAAUUUCAUUAUGUUAAAACCCAGCUUCCAUUGGAAGUAUGCGAAAAAUAACGUUUUCAAUGUAGUCCCACCUCCCCUAAUAAUAACACACGUUGAUGAACACGACAAUUUGAUGACUUUUCGAGAUGGUUUUUUUGAAAAAAAAAUAAUAAUAAAAUGAGAAAUUGUAUUCGAGGGGAUUCAUAUAAAAAACCUGAUUAAUUUAAAUAAUAAAACGAAUUUAAUUAAAUCAAGUCUCUGCACGUAAACGUAGUCGAUGAAAAAGUUUAUUUCUUUUGAUUUUUCUGGCCUGUAUAAAUAAUGAAUAAAAUAAAUUUAAGCAAAUAAUCACUGAGAGAAAUCCGAAAUAGUUAAAAUAACAUUCCGGAAAUGUUAAUUUUACGCUGCAUUAUUGAUCCGAAAUCGGUGUAAAUAUUAUGCUUUGUAGGUGUAUUAUGGAUCAAAGUUACCCUUUUUCAUGUUAAUUUUACACUUAAAAAGGUGUAAAAUUAACAUAAAAAAAUGUUGAUAUAUUUUUAAACCUAAAAAGUGUUAAAGUUACGAGGAAAAAAGUUAAUCUAACCCUCUUUUUUUCUCCAUGAUAUUAUACACUGAAAAAAAGAGGGUGCGAUUAACUUUUUUUCCUCAUAAUUUUAACACUUUUUAGAUGUAAAAAUAUAUCAACAUUUUUUAAUGUUAAUUUUACACCUUUUUAAGGGUAAAAUUAGCAUGAAAAAGGGUAACUUUAACCCCCAAUACACAUAAAAAGGGUAAUAUUUACACCGAUUUAGGAUCAAUACUGCAGGAUAAAAUUAACAUUUCCGGAAUUUUAUUUUAACUUUUUCGGAUUUCUUUCAGUCAGUGUAUAUAAAAUAAAUUCCAAAGGCAAAAUUGUUUCUUUUUGACGACCAAUCCUGUGAUCGUUUGAUUAUUUUAAUUGAUAAUUUUAUUAAUUUCUUUCCAAUUAACGCAAAGGCUCUUAACAUUUCCCACAAUAACAUUCAAUAAAAAAUGUGAAAAACAAGAAGAAAAAUCUCCCCACCAAGAAAAGGAAUUCCAUUAAUUAAUUGUGACUGUGAGAUAUGCACAUUAAAUGCAAAACUCUUUCAAACUUAUUAAGUUUUCUCGGAUGUUUGAGGAUUGCAAUUAAUAAUAAAACUAACAAAAUUGUGUGGUUGAGGAAAGAGAUGAUUAGAAAAUGUACAAAAAUGAAAAAUAAGCAACAGAGAGAUUUAUAUUUUUAUUGUUUAUAGACGCGAUUUUUUCUGUAUAGUUUUUACCAUUAAUUUUUAUUGGAAAUUAUUUCCAAUGUAGUCGACCUGGUGGUGGUGGCCAGAGUGGAGGACCUCAAAUUCCUGCCCAUAUGCGUCAGCAGGUGAAUCAGGCCGUUGGUCAGGCAGUCACAAAUGCGGCCAUCAAUGAACUCUCCAGCGUCUUUUCCAGCAAAUUCAAGUAAAAAUUAAAAAAAAAAGAUUAAAACAUUCUUUCAACGCCUGGAAAUUAAUAUGUGAAAGAAGUAAAAUACACACCACAUAAAACACUCAUACACAUCUUAGUACAUUAAAAAAAAUAAUUAAGAUAGAAGGGAAUUUAUUUUUCAAUUGAAAAGAUUUUUUUUAUUUAAAAAAAAAAGAGGAAAAAACGAUUUUUGUAUUAUUGAGCGAUUGGAAGGUUUAGUUCGGUUUUUUUUGAUUAGAACGGAAACAUAACAAAAUUUCAAGAACACAAAAUAAAACAUAAAACACUAACAUAAGAAGAUCACCAACGGUUUUUCCUUAUGCCAAAUGAGGAGAAAUAAUAAUUUUUAAUUAAAAAAAAAGUAUAAACGUUCCAUAUAAUUAAAACUAUAAAGAAAAAAUUAGACUUGUUAUAGAAAAAAAAGGUAAUUUUUGCAAUAUUUCAUAAUUGUAUGAAUUAUUUUGAGCGUCUCGUUUACUUGUUUAAUGCAUUAAGCUGGAAAAUACAAUAUAGAAUUUAAUAAUUUGUUAGAGGAAUGUCGCUUAGUUUUGUUUUUCAAUCUAUUCUUUCAAUUUAAUACCAAAGUUAUAACUGAGAUUCUUUUUUGAAAUUCCUUUUCAUUUUCUAUUUCUCAUUAUUUUUUUUUAAAUAUAUUUCUUUACUAAUUUUUAAAUAAUAUUCCAAUGGCUUAUUAAAGUGAAUGGAAGAAUAUCCUUGCAAAAUUUCAUGUUCUAAUUUGCACAAGAAAAAAAAGUCAAUGUCAAACUAGUUGAAAAGAGUUGCUAAAAAAAAGUAUUUUCCGAGUUCUUUCAAAAAAGUAGUUUACUCAUGAGUGCAAAAAUCUCAUGGUAAUAAUUGAGUGUUAGUGUCCUAAAAUAGGGAAAAAAGAAAAUGAAAAAAAACAUAAAUUAUUGAAGGAUAAUUAGUAAAUUUAAGUUAUAAAUAUCGGAAUUAAAAAAAAAAAAACCAUUCAAUUUUCAAUGAAAUUAUUGGUGUCUAUUGAAAUGAAAAGAAAACAAAAUGAAAAGAAUUCUUGUUCCAUUGCCCAUGCACAAAGAAAAAAAAAAUUAAGAGAGACAAAAUGCUAAAUUAUUGUCCCUUCAUAUCAACCAGACAAAUAUGCAAUUUUAGUGACAUAUUUGUUGUAAAUAACAUUGAGAGGAAACUUUAAUUUAGGUCAUAAAUGAUCCCUGUUGUAUACUUACGUUUUCUUUUCCACCCUUGGUCAGUAGAUUUUAAAUUGAAAGAACAUCAACGAAGUUCUCUGAGUUCUUUAUAACUUUCUGUUUUAUCGUUUUUAGGAGAAUUCUUGUAAAAAAAAAUACAUUCAAGCAGUAAUACUAUAUCUAUGCAUUACAAAAGAAAAA